UUCAAAUGGAGGACCGAACAGUUUCCCGCGCAACGAGCGCCCAGAACGCUGAAGACACGCACGCGACCGAUGCACCGAGUCUACACGCCCGCCCGACCGUGGCUGACCUACACGGCGAGAACCAUUUCGCACAAGUCGCAAGGAAGAAUUGGCUAGGCACGAACGAGGCGCAAAAGGUUCGACCGGAAGUGAUUAAGAAAGAGCUAUGGGAUGAGUUGGAAAAGAUUGACUUUGCUUAUCCAUCGCUCCUCGUGCUCGAGAACCUGCAGCUGCUCGAGAGAUACCUAUGGCCUACAUUUACCGAGGACGCAUCCAAUUACCACCAUUUGCUGUUGGCGCUUAUGAUCAACGUGAAAAGAAGGGAGAAUCUGCCUUCAUGGGGUGAGUGCUGUAACUUCAAGGAUCUCGACCACGCGCUAACAUCAUGCAGAACAUUUUGCGACCAAACCUUCCGAAUUUUCCGCCUUCUUCCGUCGCAUACUUUCCAUGACCAUAGACUCUUCGCAACCGAUCAAGAUUCGAACCCAACUUGUAUCCUUUGUUAUUGGCGCGUUUCAAUCACUGGACAGUGGGCUGGUGCGCAAGGAAUGCGCCCCUUUGGUUGGAAUAUCAAUAUGGCACAACCUGCAUUCAGAAACAGUGCGGGAAGACAACUUCGAGAAUCAUCAGAUGCUGAAGAAAGCUUGGAGAGCUGCGCACAAGCGAUUCGAGGCUGGAGACGAAGUGCUUCAAGCGCGGCUACGAUUUGAGC